AGUUCUGACAUCAAUUAAUUGAUAACGAUGACUGGUACUAUCUCUUGAGAGAACUGCUUGAUAAAUCUGUGAUAUUGUUGGGAUUAAGGAAGGCCAUUAGUUCUCCCGCUUAGUUGUGUAUAAAUUAAUUAAAUUAAUCGACAGAAGGCGGCGCGCGCAAUAACGAUUACACGAGAGGGGAUAACGAGGGUCCAAGUACAAGAAGUCAGUUGUGUCAGGGAGCCACAGGUUGCGCAUCCGAAUUUCAACCAUGAGACGCAACAACGCGUCCUCGGGAACUGCGCAUGGCGGCAUUGUUUUAACCUGUUUGCUCGGCUGGGGUCUUUCUUACUACGCGUUCCAGGUGGAAAAUGCAAAGGAGCAGGACGAAUCAUACGAGGCGGUGUGCGACGUGAGCGAACACGUGAGCUGCUCAAAGGCCUUUUUUUCAGAGUACGGAAAGGGUUUCGGCUUGGUUCCAAAGGAUUCCUGGCUUUACGCGUCCAACAGUCUCUACGGAAUAGUUUUUUACGCCUGCGUUGCUGUUUUGAAUUGGUAUGACAGCGCCGUCAGCGUCGCGCUCAUGCUCUUCCUGGCGAUCCUCGCGAACCUCGGCACGAUUUACCUCGUUUACAUUCUCUACCUGCUGAAGAACGUCUGCCUGGUCUGCGUCAGCCUCUACGUCGUCGAUGCGAUGCUCCUGGUCUUCGUCGUGAAGAAAUCCAGAGCGCUUUUCGCCAAAAAGGCGAAACCACAUUAGCGGGAACAAAACUAAUGGGGUCGCUCGAACGAAACGCUCGCGACUUAUGAUGCAUCGUAUAAACUGUAAUUUAUUCUCGCAA